CCUUGCACGCAGUUGGCAUACAUAUUGUCUUCGCGUCGCAUCGUACAAAACAAAAGUUGUGAGCGGCACAGCGGCCCUCUGAACCGGUCGGAUAAUGAUCAGCCAUUAAAGCGUUUCCUAUGCCAAUGCGACAACUCAACGGUGAACAUUGGGCAUAUAGAAAAAGCCUCGUCAACUAGCAGGGGUUAGUGGCGGGGUGCGAAGCAGAAGUGCUCCAGCACUUGAAAUACUCGUGCCUGCCAGUGUAUCGUGCUGCGAGAGUCAUGGUGAGUGCACGCCCGCUGAAGGAUGUCCCGCUAUUUGGAGUUGACUCUCGGUGGAGCUGGAUCACCGCUUUCUUCUGUGCUUGGGUGCUGUUUCUGGCCAUGGCGACGCCACGUAUGGCCGGCAUCUUCUUCUACGGAAUCGUGGAGACAUUUGGGGCGACCAGAGAAGAAGCUUCGUGGCCGGUGUCCCUGCCGGGUACUUUCACAGUUUUAGGAGGUCCAAUAGCUGGCUACGUCUGCCAGCGUUUCUCGUGCCGGGCCGUGCUGUUGUUCUGCUCGUGUUUGGGAGGAAUUGUAGUCAGCUUAUGCUACCUGGCGAAUAAUGUUCUCUUUAUCACCAUUUUCUUUGGAAUUCUUCACGGCGCUGCAUCUUCCGGCUUGUACGUUGCUUCGAACGUACUGCUUGCUCAACAUUUUGAGAAGCGAAGAGCGACGGCGAGCAGCCUAGUCUUUACAGUGUUCGGCUUGGACUCUGUCAUUAUCACGCCACUCAUCGAGUUAUUCAGAACAACAUAUGGGAUUCGUGGAGCGUUUCUUCUUUACGGAGCCAUUCUCCUGAAUGCGAUUCCAGCCGUUAUCAUUCUUAGAAGUCCACAGUGGAUAACCAACUCGAAAAUGGAAAGGAAAGUGACAAUUAUUGAGGAGGAUCAAACAAGCGCAGCGUGCACUUCGAUUCAGCCUGUAAACGAUGACGUCAACAUAGCAAAAACGAUAAAAAGGGAUGGUCCUUACACAAAUCAACGUUCAAACAUUGAGCAGCCGGUAGAAUCUUCUGCUAAACGGCAGGAAAACUUCUCACGUACCGGUUUGUUUUCACAGAAAAGCUCCGUUAAGCGGAUGGAAGCCAAGAAGGCUCUACUAAAUUUUACUCUCCCCACAGUGACACGGCAAUUCUGCACGUUGACUUUCUUUAUCUAUGCACUGUCUUUCGCAGUCGUACUCUUCACUGCGGGAACCUACAUCAUGAUUACGGCUGACCUUGCCAGUGACCGAGGCCUGCAUCCCUCGAAUGCGGUGUAUUUCCUGCAAGCUUUAUCGGCAGCUGACAUCGCGUUUAGAUCGGUAGUGGGUAUCGCCAUCGAUUCGCGUACGUUGUCCUUAGAAUCAAUCAUGCUGCUCGGAUAUGUGGUGCAAGGACUCGCUUGCGAGUGGCUCGUCUGGGCAAAUACAUCACCACAAAUGGCUGUCGCGUCUAUCCUGGUGGGGGCCACGUACGGAUCAAGAACGUGUCUGCAAGCGCCUGCUUUGGCCAAGGACUUCGGCAUCGACACGUUACCGGUGGUUUUUGGUGGUGUGCUCUUCUGCACAGGUGUGUCUCUUCUCCUCCGUCCACUACUGAUCGGGCACUACAGAGACAAUUAUGGCGACUACACCGGAUUGCUCCAUAUUAUGGCAGCUCUCAAUGGAGUCUUCGUGUGCAUUUGGACAUUGAUGAUCAUCAUUAAGAGGAGGGCAGUGACUACAGUGACACCUGAGACUGCACACGACACUCAAUUUUCACAGAGUUCAGCGAACAAAAAUGGCAGCCUUGCAUAAUGGGCACUUCCAAAGGUGCCCAGCGGCCAAAGGACAACUUUCUCGCCAACUCCUUAUAGUAACUGUAGCUCUUCGAACGCACAGGUGCUUGCACUAGCAAGAAUACCUUAAAUAGUGACGUGCGCAGAAGCAACUGGUUGCCUAAUUGUUUUCAAAUAGCAGGAGAAGUGAGUCAGGCAAAGAAAAGUUUGGGAAGUGAUAACAGAGUUUAAUGCUGCGCUCAAACUCCCCCGAUGGUGUUCUUACUAGACACCGAUGCAGCCUGUUAGUGCAACUCAGCAGGCCAGCCAAUGACUGUUAGACAAACAGAUCCUAGCCAGCUGUCAGGCGUCUUGAAACGCUGCCCUAAUGAGGAGCGCCUCUAGUGGCGUUGAAGGCGUUACACCUCUCUGGAGCACGGGAUGAGAACGGUGGAAAACCCUCGGUCUUAUGCAGCGCCCACUUAAAUAUUCGAUAACAUUUGCUUGACGUAUACUGUCUGCUCUCCUCAGACCAGUGCAUACAAACAUCAACUCCGCAAGAACGCUAGCGCGCUUAUGCUCAAAACUCUCACGAACACAAUGCUCACACAACGCACACACAAUGCACACACAGCUUAUGCAUACAACGCUCAUGCCUGCCGCUAAAGGCGGAAUUCUGCCCUGGCUCCGCUACCAAGUCGGUUGAGCGGUUCGUUGGCGGUGCAUCCACUUCGCUUCAUUGUUGGUGCAGACAAACGUACUCCGCACCUUCGGAGACCCUCAGCCCUCCGUGCGUGAGCGCAGCACCACCUAGAGAGUCUUUGGGUGAUGUUGGCGAGUGGCGCAUGCGCUAUCAUAGCAGCACAUCACGACAUGGCCGAUGGCAGCACAGACGGCGGGAA